AUGUCCUCAUCGGUUAAAGAAGUGAAAACUCACAGCGGCAACUGUAGUCUGAAGUUUCUUUCAUUCGAUAUUUCCACCGAUCUGCUCUUGAAAAGCGUAGUUGUGGUGAUGAGGAACUACCUCAUACUGCUUUUGGUUUUCUUCCCCUACUAUCUUUGCUUGGAUGCUCUAGGACCUGAUGAAGAUCCGUACAAGAUUUUGGGUGUAACUCGCUCUGCAAGCCAGGCAGACAUAAAAAGAGCUUACAAGAAAAUGGCGAGGAAUUGGUAAAUGCUUAUGAAAAUUUAAAGAUCUUUGUUUUUGAAUGGAAUUUGUUUCAUUUCUUAACGAGACGAGCGAAUCUGUUUAUCCAAUCAAAGUGUUUAUAUAGCUGAAAGCGAUUGUUAUGAUUUUUACAUUCGAUCCUCAUGCGUUGAGAAAUCUCAAUUUCCAACUACACAAAAGAGUGCAGACGGGAGAAAUAAAUAAGCGCCAGGGACACUACCUGAGGAAUGCACCUCAACAAGUUAUAGAUAAUUGAGCUAUAGAAGCAAAGGAAUUGUUUAACUUCACGAAGCUAAAUCUAAAAGUCUUUGGCAUCAAUUAUUGUGGGCUUCCUUUCUUGACUUGAUAAUACUAAAUGAGAUCACUUAAUUUUUUUUUUAGUUUACGUAUUAAAAAGAUGCAGUCGUUUGAGAGAUUAUAUUUUUGAUGCUACAUAUAUAGGAGUAGUGCAAUCUUAAAAAAAAAAAAAAAAUUUUCUUCCUUUAGGCACCCAGACAAGAAUAACGAUCCCUCAGCACAAGAAAUGUUUAUCAAAAUCAAUGAGGCUAAUGAGGUGAGGAUGUAAUUCUCUCUACUGUCUACCAUAUAAUUCUUAAGAUAUUGGUUUGGAGAAUGUGGUGUUGGAUCAACUAAGAAUCCCCCUGUUGAUGUUUUUCUUUAUUCUCAUCAAUUGUCUGCUUGAUAUUGUAUAGAUAUUUUAACCCCUAAGAGUGACCAGAAUCCAAUUUCUCCCUACAUUAACACCCUUGAAUCAAACAUUUAAGUCACAAGAAUAGAGAAAAUGAUCAUCAACUAAGGGAGCUCUUGAUUGUUGAACAAAUUCUCCUCAUCAGCAGCUAAGGAAAUGUAUAAAGAACAGUAUGAAGAAUAUGCAUUCUGAUGUUAAGGUGUAAAGGGUUUAGGAGAAAUUCUAUGACUGUAAAUAUAUGAAAAUCAUCCCAUACAGGCAUCAGUUUUUUCAGGCCUUAUUUUCUCUACUGCUCAAGUACUGCUCGUUACUGCGAAGAUUGCUUUCAUAUUCAUGAGAAAUUCUAUCUUGGUCACUCAUGGGAGUUUAAGGGUUAAGGAGUCCCUAAGAAAAGUUUUGCCUAAGAAAAGUUUUGCCCCAGAGAGUGAUGAUAAUGUAAUCAAAAUUUAUACUGGGAUUAACCUCAAGGCUCCUUGAUACAAUUUGCAAUAAUCAACUUUAGAUAAAAAAAGCCUAGCCUGGGGGUCUAGGUAUUAGGGUAUCUGAGUUGUUUUUGACAAGGUAUGCAGUUUUUCCAUAUCAUAUUACAGGUGCAAAUUACCUUGUCUAUUACUAGCUUAAUAAAGAAAUUUUUAGGUUACUUAUCCAUAAGUUUUAAAAUUAUUUUAAACUUUCACACUCCAACAUUAGUAUCCAUAAACCCCAUAUUUUUCUCAAUAAAUUUCCUCUGGUACUGACAAGGAUAAUUUUUUUUAACAAUCAAGAGCUUCUUUAGAGAUUAUUCGCUCUCAUAGGUUAAAGGGUUAAAAUAUGUUGAUAUCUCAAAGAGAAAAAAGUUUAUAUACCAGUAUCCCAACUCUGAUCUCUGUGGCUUUGAUUUUCAGAUUUUGUCAGAUGAAGAAAAAAAAAGGAAUUUUGAUAUGUUUGGAACUACCUCACAACCAGGCAAUGGUGGACCACAGGGAAAACCAUUUUAUGAUCCGCAUAGUGGGUUUAGCUUCUUCUUCAAUGGAAUGCCUUUUCAAAACUCUUGGUCUAAACCAGGACAAAUUAAUUACAGAUUUUACUUCAAGACAGUCCUACCAGAGAGUUACGAGAAGCCUUACUUGAUUGAAAUUAUCUCAGACUGGUGUUUUGCUUGUAAGUUGAUUAUAAGGUCAUGAUACAAUAUAUGACACAUCUCAAUGACAUGUUGCGGUAAAAACUCACUGCAAAGAAUCUCUUUAUGUGAUGUGGAGGAUUUUCUCGAUUAAUGUGGCUGGUUUGAAUACAUGUGAAUUCAUCUGACUGAUUGUAACAGUGACACUCUAUUGCACAGAACAAGAUAUUCAUGAAAAUUCCUUGUAUCCUGAGACAAACUUUCUCUGUGACUUCUUCCUUUGUUGUGUUGUAGCAACUUGUUUUUGGAGCCAGUUAACACACUGGAGCUUGUCUUCAGCUAAUGUCUUGACUUUAACCUUCUCACUUCCAAGAUCUCAUUUGUAAUUCCCCUUCCUGUCUUUGAUAUAAUUCUUAUGAUAUUGCUUGGAGAACUUGGCAUUAGAUCAACUAACAAUCCCUUAAUUGAUAUUUUUCUUUAUUCUUGUCACUUAUCUGCUUGAUGUUGUAUUGAUAUUGUAAGGAGAAAUUAUGUCUUGGUCACUCAUGGGAGUUGCAGUGUUAUUUUACCGUUCCAUCAAAUGAUAUCUUAAUGAUAGAUGUACAUUAAGAAUAGCUUGUGGUUUUUAUUUCAAAAACAAGACAACAGACAAACCUUUCCCAUAGGGGAAAGAACACUCGUGUUGCAGUGCUGAUUGUGAGGGUAUCUGGCAGACUACAAAUUAACAAAUUUUGUUUAAAAAUCAUGCCAGAAUUGGAUCAAUAUCAGUAUCUGGGCAACUGCCCACCUACCCCUCCCUUAACCCAACAUUAACCCUAACUUGUUAUCAAUUGACUGUUGUUGAGUUAGGGGAGGGGUAGGUGGCCAGUUGCCCAGAUACUGAUAUUGAUCCCCAGAAUCUUUUAAUCAAAAUUGCCUUAAUCUUAAUACAUUGUAGACUCACAUAACUUUGUGUUUUCUUUUUAAAAUUAUCUUUCAAUCAAAGGUGCACAAAUUGAGGAGAUAUGGGAAGAAGCAUCCAAUAAAAUAAAAAGAGUUGGUGUGGGAAUUGGCAUAAUCAAUGUCAAUAGGAGUCCGCGUUUGGCAGAUGCAUUGGGUGCAGGAAGAGUGCCCUCGAUCAUUGGUGUCAUCAAUGGAAGAGUUGCGUUCUACAAUGAAAUAGUUACCGUGCAGGGUUUGAAGGAUUUUGUGCUGGAGUUAUUUCCAUGUGGCUUAAUUGAAAAGGUGAAUUUUUAUUAUGUUUUGGUAAAUUUGUGUAGAGAAAGUCCUAACUCAUUUACUCUCCCAGGAGUGAAAGGGUUAACCUUUACAUCCUAACAUCAAAAGGCAUAUUCUCCAUACUGCUUCUCAUACAUUUCCCAAGUUGAUGACAAGGAGAAUUUGCUUAACAAUGAAGAGCUUCUUAAGUCAAUGAUCAUUCUUGUGAUCUUAAUGUAUGAUUCCGCAGUAACAUUGUACAGAGAAAUUAAAUGCUAAUCACUCUCAGGGAUCAAAGGAUCAUUAGAAUUCAGAAUCUAAGGUGAUAGUGCUACUAUCAGCUAAAGAAAAAACAGUACACACUUUUAGAAUCCCUGAUAAUUGUAUUCUUUAGAUUUCAAAGAUAUAAUAUUGGAUUUUCCUAUAUGAAUGUGGCAAACCGGAAUCAGCUUUUUGAGAUCAGUAACUACUAGCAGGAUUUUUGAGAAAGGGUCUUCUAGUCUCCUAGUUAAUCAAUCAUGCUAAUGAUUAGACCAAGAGAUCUCUGUACUAAACCCACCCCACAUUAUCUUUUCAGGUUACAGCCAGUAAUCUUGAUUCUUUCUUGACAACAAGCAUCAGCAACAAACCAAGUGUGAUUCUAUUUUCCCCCAAACCUAAUCCUUCACUCCUUUAUCAUCUGGUGGCUUUCAGAAAUUGCAAACAACAGUCAUUUGGCUUUGUAUCGUUGACUGACAGUUCUUCAGAACCUCUCAGGAAACGCUUUAGAGUGAACUCUAAAGAACCAACAGUGUUGAUCUUUAAGGAUGAUGUGGCUGUGCCAGAUGUGGUUGUCACGGUAACUAGUUGAAGUUGACAAGCUCUUUUAAAUGUAUUUUUUAUCAACUUGAAGAUCAGUCAUUUGUUAUUGACUAUAGUAGAGAUGCCUGGUUUAAUCACAUGGGUGUCAUAAUGAAAAUCAAAAUAUCAGUGUCUUUUUUUUCACAUAUAAAAACCAUUUCUUGAAACUAGGUCAUGGAAAGAUUUCAGAUAGUUUCCAACAUGAUUUGAAUAUUUUGAUAAAUUUAGUCAAUGAAACUGCACAUCUUAGUAAAAUUGUGUAGAUAAUUUUUUAAUCUAUGAUUGAAAAAAUAGUAUUGAGCAAUUAGUUAGAUCAUAACUUGUUUUGAAUUUUCACUUGCAGGCAUCUGAGCUCAAGCAUGGAAAACUUCGUGAAGUAGUUGAAUCUCACAAAUAUCUUCACCUUCCAAGACUGUCUUCAAGGUCUUUAUUUGAUGAACUUUGUCCUGAGGAGAGGUUUAGAUCCCAGCGAAGGUUAGUUGCUUGCCUAAAUAAAGCAGGAAAAUGUGUUGAGCUCAAGUGAGGGUUAGGAAAUCGUUUUUUAAAGCUUUUGUGUAUACAGUUUAUGUAAAAGGUUUUGAUUCCCCUCAGUGUCUUAAUCAUAAAACAAACAUACACUACACUCCAAAUUCAUGUAUACAUGAUAAAACAACGUAUGUAUCUACACUCCAAAUUCAUGUUACUACGUAAAACAACCUAUGGUAGAAUGAGCAAGGUAAUUUUGUAUCAUAAACUGAGUUAAUAACGUAAAUUGGCCACCGUAAAGAGUUUCGAAGCUGGCGUUUCGAGCCCUUCGUCAUUUCUUUGAUAAGGACGCAUCCAAACCAAUCGCUAGACACUUUCAAUCUUCCCAAUCAUUCUAAGUAGCUUAUGGAAGUUUGCGUUGCGGCUCUUCCCAUCAUCAAGGCAGUUUGGAUAGUGGCAAAUCUCCAGAACAAAAAUUUAUCUUUCAAAUUGGCCCUCUUAAUCCCCUCGGUGUCAACGAAGUCUUUUCAUUCGACAAAUUUAUUUUUGUCUUUCUCGUUACCAUGUUCCCACUGAUAGCGUAGCUCGAUUUUUUGCUUAUAAAUACACACAAAACCCACAAUUUAUCCUUUCGCUCUGACGAAGGGCAAACGCUCGAAACGUCUGCUUUUUAACUCUUUACAGAGGCCAAUUUACGUUAUCAACUCAGUCGAUAAAACCAAAUUACCCUGUUAUACACUCCCACCGACACAGCAACACAGUUUCUUUACAAACUUACCCCCUUUAUUCAUCUUUCAGGCUGUGUGUCGUUCUGUUUACUAAACAAGGCCAAAAUGACAAAGAGAAGCUUGCUCUGAGGUUGUUUGCAACAGAUAAAAAAUACCUCUCCGAGAGGCGGUUGAAAUUUUUGUAUAUUUACGAAGAUGUGCAGAGAGAUCUAGUGGAAGAGUUCAAAGAUGGGGUGAAGGCUGAUAGUUGCACUGAGAAUAAAACAGCAUCAAAGGUAAAAAUGAACAAUUGUAAACUUAACAAGUAGACUCCACGUUACUAGCUGUGUUUCUGUAUAGUAAUAGAUCACAGAUGGCUAGCAAAGUGUGAUAAGAAGGAAAAACGUGGUACACGUGGCACAGCUGAAUGGGUCGGUGAUACUUAUAUCUGGAUCACUUUCCAUACUCAAUUGGAAAUUGUUCCAAAAGACGUAUAGAGGAAAUUACUUUUUAUAGUGUAAGUUGUCGAUAGUUUAACUCCCAUAAACUAUCCCAACCCCUUCUGGGAACUGGGAGGGUGUGGGAAGAAGAGGGAGCCUUGGAACAAGGUUUCAUAGCAAUCCCCAGCAGGGCUCAUACCCAGACCUCUGACGGAGGGCUAACGCUCUUGUCUCUUAAUUUAGAGCUAGCUACGUUUACUGUUAAAUCGUGACAUCUAUAAUGGUGUCUCUUGAUGUCUCAUGAACUAAUGAUCUUAUUUUCUAAACUUGAGGUCAUAGUUCUCUGGAACAAAGGUCAAAAGCAAGUCAGGUACGACUGGCUUCCAGGGGGGUGGUGUGUGAAUGAGUCAGAAGAGUCGCUGACCAAGGCUCGGCUGUCUGUUAUGCUGGAAGAUCUACUUUCUGGAGAGGGCAAGUUGCGAUAUACUUCAAGUAUUCCACGGAUCUACAAUGAGCAUGCGCCAGUGAGUACACUUGCACAAACAUUGCAUACAUGUAUAUACCCCAAAUGUUCCACUAACCCCGACCCCUCUCCCUUUGAUAAUUCCUCCACCUUCCUCACCCCAAAGAAAAAUUGCUGUGCUAGAUAAAUAUUUAUACACGGUAAAAUCCUUCAGCACAAUCUAAGAGAAUAAAAAAUCUAAUUCUGCCUAUCUAAACUAACUAACUUAUGAUAAGAAUAAAAAAUCUACCAUAUCUUCAAAUCCGCUUUUCUAAGAUGCUGUGUCUCAUUCAAAAGCUAUAAUGACGUAGUUCAUUUUUAAAUUCGUUUUACAUAAAGAGCUUGGAGCUUAGAGCUUCUGUAGUUUCUCUGAUAGGCCAAUGCCGCAGUUGCCUCGAACAACGCUGCAAUAAUCAAAAUGUGGCUGGUAUGCUGUUAUACAAAUCAGUUAGAAACAUCUAAAGGAACAGGCAGUUUCUUUACAACCAUUCUGUACUUAGUUGAGCAAGGUAGAGUUUCAGUACAAAAAAAACUCUAUCGCUUAAUGGAAUAAGUAUGAUAUGCCUUCAGAUGAUUUCAUUAUGUUUUCUUGAUUGUCUAAUUUUUUUACGAUUUAAAUAAACAAAAAAUGUGAUAACUAAGAUGCCAUAAGCUUGUAAAUCGAGGGCAGGGAUGGAAUAUCAUCUAUAGGCACGUAUAAUUAGUCACAGGUAAAGAGACAGCAGUUUUCAUCGGCUCCUCUUCUUCUUUAACGCUCUCUCUUAAAUACGUUACAACGGACCACGACAUCUUCCCAGUCAAGAAAAAAGAAAAAAAUAACACCAACAAGAGAAAUGCUUAUAUCCAGAAAAAGAGGAGCAGAUGAAAAUUGAUUUCUCGCGCAUGAAAGAAAGGGAAAAAUGGUGCUCUGUCUUCGUUUGGAUUUAUGACAAUGGGAACAAUUUUUUUUGUUCUUUUUUAAUUCCAAGGGACUCCUAUCUUUGUUGUUCAGCUGGUGUUCAGAUGCCUAUUACUUCGUGAAAUCGUCUUUGUAUCGGUAAGUUUUAAUCAGUAUUUUUACUUUUUGCGCUCAUUUACACGGGGUCAUCAAGGAACCAAAAAUACAUACGGUAGUAAGUGAUGGCAAUAGAACUGGGUGGAGUGUUAGAAUCUGUACGAUACGUUAACUCGUCUUAAUUUGAUUGACAUUUAUAAGCAAAGUUGUUUUGCAGCUGGGCGAAGUUUUUUGCAGCGGGGGUCAAACUUGUUUGCCGCGGGAGUUGGGGCGAACUUGUUUGGCAGCGGAGGGGGCGAAUUCGUUAAGGGGCGAACUUGCACCGUGGUGAAACUUCCAGAUAUCUUUCUUGGUUAAGAAUAUCUAAGUCGGAUUUUACGAUAUGCAUGAUAAAUAGGCUUUCAUGUUGUAUUGAAAUAUUGUCUGGGGUAAUUGUUUCUUCUUUGUUAUGUUAUUCUAGGAACGUCGUUUCAUUUUCAAUUUUGUAUCAUGUUGAUCUGUUUCGUUACAUUUUCUUUCAGGAGAGAAACUAUUUCCUUGUUUUCCUUGUUGUGUGGAUUGGGAGUCAUUCUGGUUUUCAGUGUUCUACUUCCCAGUGCGAAGUGAGUAAUGAUUCAUUUAGCUCUAAACUCGCUCUUUCUGUCUCUGUUCUAAAUUCUCUCAGGCGUCUUAUAAGGGAGAAUGAGCAAGCGUUGCAAGUUCGCGAUCGAUCACCGGCCCAUCAUGUUUAAUGUAAGGUGAGAGUCGACGAAGAGAGGAGGAUAAGAGAAAAUGUGAGGAUUUGUUUUGCCCCUCUUACUCCCUGCUGUCAAGAUUCAGCCCGUCGCUCAACUUCCGUAGUUGAACUUUCUUCUUCUUCCAACCCUCCUCUGCUUUGAAAAUUCAAGAUGCCAACGAAACUGUUCACGAAGAAAUGCUGAGCGCUCGCUUGCCAAAAGUACGCUAACACUACAAGUUAGACUUUUAAUCCAAGUUUUUACAAUUUCUAUAGUGAGCCAAUAAAUAGGGUGUACAAAGGGUCCUCUCAGAAGAACCAGAGACCCCCAGAAAGCGAGUCAGUCUUGGGCCUCCUUCGUUUGGACCACAGCACUGAAAAGACCCUAAUCAGGGAUGCCCCUCGGGGCCAAAUCACGUUUACUCUGCUGGUUGAUGCUACCACUGCACGAGAGGUAGUAAAGCUGCCUCUAAUUCAAGCGUUUGCCGAUGUGAUUUAUCCUCACAGCGGGUAUGUUUAUAGCAACUAGAUUUGAUAGGUUUUCCAUCAUCUCCCUCUCUGAUUGGUCAAAAAAAUCUGUACUUCCCUCUAAACCAAUCAGAUUAAAAAAUGAAACCAAUCGCGGCUUGGCUGCUCGCGUUUUCCCGCGCAGGAGUUAGUGUGCUGGUCUCAAGUUUGAGUUGUUUUCAUUGGCUGGUUAUGAUAUUUCCCUUUGUUGUGAUUGGUCUAGAAACUUGCGCCACCUUCUCAACAAUUAGAUUCAAAACUGAAACCAAUCGCGACUUAGUCGCCCGCGAUUUCUCGCGCUUGAGGAAGUUUUCUUGUUUGCAGUUUUGAGUAAAGAAAUUUACCUGAUUUUUUUUGUUUGUUUUAUUUCUGUCAGAAACCCAAAUUUUAGAUUCACCUGGCUUUCAAUAACUGACAACCUUGCGUGGUGUGCCGAGAUUCUGGAUGUGGACAAGUUUGGUGAAGUGACUCCUGGAAUUGUUCUCGCCUUAAACGGCUACAAGAAAUAUUUGUCUGUCUUCAAACCGUCUGACCUGUCUGAGGGAGCCUUCUUCAAGAGGCAAGGAGGAGACUUAAUGGGAUUUGAUGAUAGUGAUAGCGAUACGGAUGCUAACGAAGAUGGAAUGACGGAAUACGAGAGAAAACGGCAAAAAGUUUUAAGUAGAUCGAUUCGAACACAGUUAGUACAUUGGUUAGAGAGAUUUUGCGACGGAAUGGUGGACAGAAAACGAGUCGUCGAAUGGCCGAGAUUUACCGACUAGGGGUUCUUAGCAACUAGCUAAGAGCAUUUAUGAGUAAUCGCCCUAGGAUUCAAAAAGUGCAGUCAGACCUUGAAAAUCGACGAAAAAUCGCUCGGCCACUUUUUGCUUUAUGUUUACGUAAUUACUAAAGAAAACUCGCCCACUUGGCGUUUUCAGCCUCAGUUGUCGUAUUCUCAAACACCAUCGAACUGUUGCAUCCUCAUUCCUCGAUUUUUGUUACUAAAUCAGUCUACUAACUACUUUCCACGAUAGAGAUGUCACUUGCUUGCUCACCAUUCCCCUUACGCUAAGGGAGGGUCUAGCAAAGAGACUGGAUCCCACAGGCCCAACUCAUAAUGGUAACUAUCUCUCUUGAUAACUUAAGAUUUCGGAGAUGUCCAGACGAUCUCAGAAAUCCUGUCGGCGAAAGUUUUGUGGAAAUCUCUCUAAUCUUUUUUAAACAAUAAACAGUUUACAGAAAUAAUGUCACUCGGAAGAACAAAAAUUUGAACCCAAGAUAUUUAUUUAGAGGUUUUUAAGCCUCAAGUGAGAAGUUUUUUUUAAUAAAUCAAAUGUACAGACUAAAUUAAGUUCAAGUACACGUG